AUGAAGCUACUGAUUCUCGGAACAGUAAGUCAUUUGGUAUAUUAUGUUCUUAUCCCGCUGCUUAUUAACACCUUUCUAAUUAAGCUAGUGCUACUGGUCGGCAUAACACUCGCUGACGUCGAAGAACCUUCUGCGGACAUCACAGACAUAGAUCCAUCUGGUGAGAACGCAGGUGGUCGUCCAAAAGGUCCAGGAAAAGGACCACGUGGACCACCAGGGCCAAAAGGACCACGUGGACCACCAGGAGCAGAAGGACGUCGACCAAGGGGGCCACCACCCGCAAGACCUGAAGGAGCGCCAUUGAGACCAGAAGGGCCAGAAGGGCAAGAAGGACGUAGAGGAUCCAGAAAAGGGCGCGGUCAUGGAAAACGCGGAGGCAAGAAUGGACGCCCUUCCCCAGAAGGGCCUGUAGAGGUAGAAAUUCAUAUAUUUUCAUUAGCAUACUAA